AUGUUCUUUCGACUACCUUUCAUUGGCCAAUACAAGAGGUGUUAUUCGUUCCCUGAAGACCAAAAGUAUUACCAAUUAACGAUGACAGGCAAACUUCUACUGGUGACGAUCCUAUGCCUGAUGGGCGGCAGCGCCAUGGGCGAUGAUAUUAUGGAGGGCACCUACAAUGUGACCGCCUUCUGCACGGCGGUCAAGACCGGAACCCAGCUGGGCAGCCUCGAGUCCUGCCAGAAGUAUUACGUCUGCAAGUCGACCGGACCCGUUGUGGCUGAGUGCCAAACUGGUUAUGCCUAUGACUACAAAAGGAGCACCUGCGCUGUAUCCAGCCAGGUGGAUUGUUACUACGGCGUUACAGAGCCUUGUGCCGGAAAGAAUGGUACCUGGGUGCCAAACAUCGCCGUCUGUGGUGGAUAUUACUAUUGCGACAAUGGCGUUGGGAAAGCAGGAAAUUGCCCCUCUUACCAAAUAUUCGACUCCGCCCAAGUUGCCUGCGUCUAUGGAUCCUGCUCAAGCAACCUGGCCGAAAGCAAUGAGACCGUUCUGACCUCACUCUGCGAUGUUAUGCCCCCUAACCAAUAUUUCGGCGACACCAAGGACUGUGCCACCUGGAACAUCUGCGUAUCCAACAGCAGUGGUGUCUUUCUGCAAACUGGAAAUUGCUCAAAUGCAAACAAACAGGAUGCUUAUAACGCUGCCACCGGAGAAUGUACUUACAACUCGACUGCAGUGUGCAGCCGUGUGACCGAUACUCCCCUGAGCAGUGUUUCCGGUUCCUGCUCUACGAACGGAGAAAUCGAGGCAUCGGCCACCGUUUGUGGCACAUAUAACGUGUGCACGAACGGCAAAUGGGUUGCCACAUCCUGCGCCACUGGAUACUACUACGAUGUCCGGCAAAAGAUCUGCGUGGUCCGCCAGUUGGCCACGCCCCAAGCGGGUUGCAAUCGUUGCCAGUUUUCGGACAAGGAGUUUGUGAACGCCGUCAACUCGGAUAACUGCUCCACAUACUACUAUUGCAACAAGAAUAACGAGGCCACCUUGAACACCUGCCCCGAAUCGUACUUCUUCAACGAGAACAUCGGCGCCUGUAAGUCUGAUGACGGAAUGGAAGCAUAUGUGAAGAACAACGGAGCCUGCUAUGGAUCCAGUCUCACCAAAACCACCGAUUCCACUGAUGAUGAGGCAUCUACGGUUGAUGCAUAA